AAGGCAGCAACACCAAGUCAGAAGAGGAAACUAAAAAAAAAAAAGCCAUCGAUCAAGUACUUCAUCAAACGUAGCAGAGCUGCCACCUGCCAGCUUGGACUAGUGCUAGCAACUUUAGGCAUCGAUCCAUGACGGCAGCGACGCUCCUCGCCCUGCUGCUUCUUCUCGUCGCCGGCGCUUAUGGUAUCGCGGCACAGGGCGGCGGCGCGGCAGGAACUCGGCCGCGGCGGCAGCAGGUGGUGGACGUGGGGGUGAUCUUGGACAGGAAGACAUGGGUGGGGAACAUGAGCUGGACGUGCAUCGAGCUGGCCCUGGAAGAGUUCUAUGCUCACCCUAGCCACGCCAACCACAGCACCAGGCUGAAACUCCACCUCAGGGACACCGUCGUCGACGCCGUCAGUGCCGCAGCCGCAGGGGUUUAUCUACUGAAAAAUGUCAGUGUGCGAGCGAUCGUUGGGCCACAGACGUCAACUCAGGCUAAAUUUCUUGCGCAGCUCGGGAACAAAUCAUCGGUUCCGAUUAUUUCACUCGCCUCUGGUGGCCAUUCACGAUCUGGACUAAAUCCAUACUUCAUACGGAUGGCGUGGAACGACUCCGCUCAAGCAAAGGCUAUCGCCUCAAUUGUUCAAAGAUACAAUUAUAGGGAAGUCAUCCCUGUAUAUGAGGAUGAUGAUUCCAAUAUCAAAUUCAUUCCUGACCUUGUUGACUCCCUCAGACAAGUUGACACUCGUGUCUCGUACAGGUGCAAGAUCCAUCCUUCAGCUAAAGACGAUGACAUCAUGAGAGCUAUCUCAAGCUUGAGAGACCAUUGGACAAGUGUAUUCGUUGUGCGUUUGUCGAAUACGUUAGCUCUUAAAUUUUUUCAGCUUGCUAAAAAAGAAGAGAUGAUGAGUCCGGGAUUUGUAUGGAUUACUGCAUAUGGCUUGACAGAUAUCUUUGAUGUCGUCGGUUCUCCUGCUCUUGAUGUGAUGCAAGGAGUCCUUGGGGUGAAACCUCAUGUUCAAGAUACUAUGGAGCUUCAAAGCUUCAGACAGAGAUGGCGCAAGAAGUACCGAUCAGAAAAUCCAGGCACCUCAUUAAGUGGACCUACAGUGUCUGGCCUCUAUGCUUACGAUACCAUAUGGGCCUUAGCAUUAGCAGCAGAGGAAGCUGGAUUUGUGAAAUCAGACUUUGGGCUGUCUACAACAAAUAAUGGAUCCACUGACUUUGAGAGAAUAGAUACUUCAAAGGCUGCUAAAAAACUGAGAGAUUCACUCUUGCACGUCAAUUUUCUAGGCAUCAGCGGAAGAUUUCAGAUUGAAGACAUGCAAUUAGUAUCAGCAAGUUACUCCAUAGUUAACAUUGUUGGUCAGAAGGGAAGAGUAGUCGGUUUCUGGACUCCAGGAUCUGGUAUCUCUAGUAGUCUAAAUAUGACUGCUGACAUUCACACCAUCAUAUGGCCGGGUGAUACGGACACUCGACCUAGAGGUUGGCUAUUUCCAAGGAAUAAAACUCUUAACAUAGCCAUACCUGCGAAAGGUGGGUAUGGCGAAUUUGUCAGAUAUGAAAAUGACCCGAAAGGGUUCUCCAUCGAUGUAUUUCAGGAAGUAGUUGCUUCUUUACCCUACAAAGUACCAAUGUACUACCUUCCAUUUGAAGAUGGGAGAGGAGAGAAUAAUGGAACUCUUGAUAAACUUGUCUACAAAGUUUAUCUUAAGGAAUUUGAUGCAGUGGUAGGUGAUAUAACAAUCUUGGCCAACCGUUCUUUAUAUGUGGACUUUACUCUUCCUUAUACAGAGUCAGGGGUGCGCAUGCUGGUUCCGGUGCUAGACCGGAGGAAGAAGACUCCAUGGACAUUCCUAAAGCCUUUGACAACUGAAUUAUGGUUAGGAACUGGGGCAUUUGUUAUCUACACUGGUUUUGUAGUCUGGUAUAUUGAGCGAAGAACAAAGAAAGAAUUCAGAGUCCCAGUAACUCAAAAUGAAGAGGGAAAUUUCGAAGGCCCCCUAGCCACUCAAAUUGGAAAGGUCUUCUACUUUUCCUUCUCAACGCUCGUAUUUUCUCAUAAGGAAGGGAUGACAAACAACUUAUCAAGACUUGUAGUAAUAGUUUGGCUUUUUGUGGUGCUGAUAGUUCAGCAGAGUUACACUGCAAGUUUAAGCUCAAUUCUGACAGUGGAACAACUUCAGCCAACAUUCACCAGUUUAGAGGAAGUUAUCAGCAAAGGGAGCCAUGUAGGCUACCCUAGUGGUUCAUUCAUACCUGUGCUUUUGAGAUGUUUGAAAAUCGACGAAUCAAAGAUGAUCGCCAUAGACUCUGCGGAGAAAGUCCAUGAAGCCUUAUCAACUGGAAAAGUAGCGGUUAUCGUUGAUGAGAUACCAUACCUUAAGCUGUUCCUUAAAAAGUACUGCGACAACUACACUAUGACUGGACCAACAUACAAGUACAACGGAUUUGGUUUUGCAUUCGCUCAAGGCUCUCCACUCACAGCUGAUAUAUCUAGGGGGAUACUGAAACUUCAAUCAAAUGGCAGAAUGGUGGAGCUGCAGAAAAAUUUGUAUGGCGACAAGUCAUGCCCAGACAUAGAUGACUCCCAAACUUCAAGCAGCCUUACAUUGCGCAGCUUUCAAGCGUUGUUCAUUUUCUCAGGGGCAUGUUCAGUGGGUGCAUUGUUCCUGGAUGUUGUCAGAACUUAUUACCGUGCACAUGGAUCGAACAGUGCAAGCAGGAGUCCUUCUAACACUCCAGAUAAUGAUGAGCCCACAAUGCCUGUUGGUAGUACAGGUGAUACAGGAAGCCCACCAGAAGGAGAAGAAAACCCUGGUAGGGAUCUUUUUGAUGCAGGACGAGAGUCAUAUUCACUCAUCAGGGGGCAUAGGGAAAGACGUAUUUUGUCUCACAGUGGGAGUUCAUUGCGCCGGAGGCAGAUAGAAUUAUCUAAUGAACAACAUGGUGAGUUGAUUGCGCUGGAGGAAGAUAGAUCGUUGUAAGGAUUUGUUGGCUUAACAUUACAUUUAUGUUUAUGUUUAGCUCUUUUGAAUGCGUAUCUCUUUUGCCACAUUAGAAACUAAUCAAAACUGUGAAGAGCAAGCAAUUCUCAUGCUUUUGAUUCCAAGAAAAUGUAAUUUUGUAGCAUGCAUGCAUGUUGAUUUCUGCAUCCCCCAAAGUGCAGUCAGAUUAUCAAAUGGUGAUGUAUUGUAAGAUCUGCUCAUGGCAUUAAUUUGGCUAGUUUUAUAUCA